UCGGGCGCGGUGGGGGGAAGGCAGUUCUCGGCUGCGGCUGUCUCUUGCUGCCCCCUGAGCCCGUCGGGUGGAGUAUGAAGCACCAUGGUGUGGUGCGACCGUGGGGUCCAGAUGCUGCUGACCACGGUGGGCGCCUUCGCUGCGUUCAGCCUCAUGACCAUCGCCAUCGGGACCGACUACUGGCUCUACUCGAGCGCCAACAUCUGCAACGGGACCAACGUUACCACCACGGACGACACCGCGCAGAGCCAGCCCAAGAAGGUGAAAGGGGGCCUCACCCACUCCGGGCUCUGGAGGAUCUGCUGUCUCGAAGGAACUUAUAAAGGACACUGUUUUCGAAUCAACCACUUCCCUGAAGACAAUGACUAUGAUCACGACAGUUCUGAAUACCUUCUCCGUAUUGUCCGUGCCUCCAGCGUAUUUCCUAUCCUAAGCACAAUAUUAUUGUUACUGGGAGGGCUCUGUAUUGGAGCUGGGAGGAUUUACAGCAGCAAGAACAACAUUAUCCUCAGUGCUGGGAUUCUUUUUGUUGCAGCAGGACUAAGUAACAUUAUAGGAAUUAUUGUCUACAUAUCAAGCAAUGCGGGUGAUCCUAGUGAUAAGCGGGAUGAGGACAAAAAGAAUCAAUACAAUUAUGGCUGGUCUUUUUAUUUCGGAGCAUUGUCUUUCAUUGUGGCUGAAACGGUUGGAGUUCUAGCAGUGAACAUUUAUAUUGAAAAAAACAAAGAACUGAGGUUUAAGACCAGGAGGGAAUUCCUUAAGACUUCUUCCUCUUCUCCUUAUGCCAGGAUGCCAAGCUAUAGAUAUAGAAGGAGGAGGUCCAGAUCAAGUUCUCGGUCCACAGAGCCUUCUCCAUCCAGAGAUGUUUCUCCAGUUGGCAUGAAAAUGGCAGGUUCUAUUCCCAUGAAUGAAAUCUCCAUGUACACGCUCUCCAGGGAGCCCUUGAAAGUCACCACAGCCGCAAGUUAUAACAUGGAACAAGAUGCUGGUUUUCUUCAAGUCCACAAUUUCCUUCAGAAGGAAUUCAAAGAAGGACUUCACAUCAACAUGGUCAAUAGGAGAACAACCCCUGUUUGAAUGGAUUGCUUGAUUCCCUUAAACAACCAAGCAAACAAAGCAAAAUCCAGAUCUUUUAUACAUGAAAAGGUGUAUUUUGAAAAUGCUCUUGCACACCUCAAAUAAACAUCACAUGAAGAGAUUGCAAAUAGACACUGAAAUCUUGAAAUGACCUGAAGAUACAGAACUAUACAUUUGUAGCUGAUUUUUAUAAGCUUUCAGAAUUUGUUUAAUUAAAAUUCUCAAUGUCACACACAAAUUUAAAAUCAGCAGCUCCUCUCCCAGCACUUUUGUAGUAUGUAUAGCAUUAUUUGUUAAAUGGAAAGCAUUUUAGCUCCAGUAGAUUUUAAAACAAACUUAAAUGUAGGCUUUUUUCUAGGUUGCUGCCCCCGGUAGAAGCAAACGGUGACCCACGACCAAUCACAAAUGCUGCCCAGUGGUCCUAUUUCCUUUGAGCUGAGAAAAGAGAGAGUGGAUUUUUUUUCCUCAGAAGCAACCUCUUCUUAAAGAAAAAGGCCAACUAUCUGAAACCAGCACAAACUGUGGAACUGUAGCAUAUCAUCUGACACUGGACUGUUCAGAUUUGGCAGGACACUGACAGGGAUACAGAUGAGACAAAGGUCAUUUGGAUCAGGAUUCUGCUAUUGAGCCUUGAACACACUGGGGGUGGGGGGCAGAAUUAGUCUGGGUUCUUAAUUAAGCCAGUUAUCUCCAUACAAAAACCCCUCUUAAGAGCAAUGCAAGUAGGAUUCGCCUCAAAAGAGCUGCUAAGGUGAACAUUACACUCUCCCCCUUCCCUGCCCACCGGACUGUUCAGUGUCCUUUGGAUUUUGUAUAACCUUUUGGUCUACACGCACUUGAGUAAAUACUAUUUUUAAAUGAAGAAUCUCUUUUUAAAAAUACUGCACAUCACCCAACUCAUCCAUUAAUGCAGAUGAGUCCCCUCCUCCAAAACAAGGGAAGGGAAAACCUUACUUCCAAACUCAAAAACAAAAAAUUGGAGGAGAGUAGACAUUGAUGCUGCUACAUACCUAGCCCUCAGCCGAGCUUCACAAACAUUCUUCAGUAACAGGCCUGCGGGCUGCUUCACACAACUUCUAGAAAGUAAGUAGGAGGGAACUGGAGGUUCCCAGCAAGCAUGCAUUCCCAGCAGAGGCGUAACUAGGGGAAACGGCGCCCAGGGCAAGCACUGAAAUAAAUUGCGCCCCCGCCUCUGAAAUUGUGCCCCCCCCCGGCGGCGAGCCCUGAAAACUCCAGCCGCUGCCGCCGCCGGCCUCCCCCUGCCCCCCCGCCCCGUCCCCCCUGCUGCCCUUCGCUGGUGGGGUGGGUGAACCGCGGGUGGGGUGAGUGAGCAGGGGCCAGGGGUCCUACCGUCCUCCUUCCACCCCGCAGCGGCGGGCGGCAGCUAUGACUGGAGUGUUCAGGGCUCGCUGUCUCCCUACGGGGGUUGCCCAUGCCGCCGCGACCAGGGGUCCUCCUUCCACCCCGCAGCGGCGGGCAGCGGCUACUACUGGAGUGUUCAGGGCUCGCCGUCUCCCUAUGGGGUCACCCAUGC